AUGCUCCAACAAUGGCUUCGCCAAAGCCGCGGAGCUGCCCGCUUUCUUAGAGGCUCAUGUUAUCGCGGCACCCAGUCUGGCACCGUCCGGCAUAGCCCUCUGCCAACCGCACCUCAUCGUUGCAUUAGCUCGCUACAGACAUCAGCUACAGAAUCCAAGGAACGCAUACCAUUACGGAAGCAGCUGAAACAAGAUGCAAAGGCUCUGAAAGCUCAGAAGAGACAGAAAAGGGAAAGCGAGGAAGCGUCCCGGCAAAAGUGGGAGUUGACUGUUGGCAUUGAGAUCCAUGCCCAGUUGAACACUGGAACCAAGCUAUUUUCGAGAGCCUCUACGUCGAACACCGACACCCCCAACUCAAAUGUCGCUCUCUUUGACCUGGCGUUUCCGGGCAGUCAGCCGGAAUUCCAAGCUACGACUUUGUUACCCGCCCUGCGCGCUGCGAUUGCCUUGAACUGCGACAUCCAACCGGUCAGUCGGUUCGAUCGAAAACACUACUUCUAUCAGGAUCAACCUGCAGGGUAUCAGAUCACACAGUACUACGAACCGUUCGCCAAAAACGGCUACGUGGAUCUCUUUCAACAUGACGGCAUUGCACCUGAGGACGGCGACCAUGUUCGCAUCGGCAUCAAACAGAUCCAGCUCGAACAAGACACCGCCAAGUCUCAGGAAUAUCCUCCCUCCACUCAACUCCUCGACUUCAACCGAGUAUCCCAUCCCCUCAUUGAGAUAAUCACCAUGCCGCAGAUCCACACCCCUGCCACUGCCGCGGCAUGUGUUCGGAAGAUUCAGGCCAUUCUACAAUCCUGCAGUGCCGUGACCACCGGUAUGGAACUAGGAGGCCUGCGAGCGGACGUGAAUGUCUCAGUUCGCCGCCGGGACGAGGCUCCCGGCACCCAUCAGUACGGGGGGAUCGGUGGGCUGGGUCAGCGCACCGAGAUUAAGAACCUCAGCAGCUUCAAAGCGGUCGAAGACGCCGUCAUAGCGGAGAAGAACCGUCAGAUUGCUGUCCUCGAAAGCGGAGGCGUCAUAGAAGGCGAGACGCGAGGCUGGACUAUCGGAAGCACCGAGACUCGGAAACUCCGAGGUAAGGAAGGCGAAGUGGACUAUCGCUAUAUGCCGGACCCGGAUCUCCCUCCACUGAUUAUCGGCCAUGACCUCGUGUCCGGACUGAGAGACUCGCUUCCGACGCCUCCGGACCAGUUGAUCGAGAUGCUGGCUGGCCCAGAGUAUGGACUCUCGAUCGAGGAUGCAAAGCCAUUGAUCGAGCUGAGCGACGGAGCGAGGUUGGAAUACUACCAGGACGUGGUCGACAUUCUGCGCGACCUGCAGCAGGACCAAGACGCCAAGUCUCGUGCGGGUCUUGCCCGAAUGGCUGGCAACUGGGUGCUGCACGAGCUGGGAGGCCUCUGGGCCAAGGCGGACUUAGCUUGGGAUGCGCAACGAGUACCCGCCGAGACCCUUGCGCAAAUCAUCGAUCAGCUGCAACGAAAACGCAUUACGGGAGCUACCGCCAAGCAGGUGCUUGUCAUGGUCUUCGAUGGUGACCGUCGACCUGUUCCUCAGCUCCUCGAGGAAGAGAAUCUACUCCUCCGUCCGCUGUCCCGGGAGGAGUACAUUGCUCUGGCGGAAGCAGCCCUCAGUCAGAACCCGCAGAUGGUCGAACAGAUCCGCGCCAAGAACCAGCUGGGUAAGCUAGGCUGGUUUGUCGGACAGAUGAUGCGCAUGGGCGAGAAAGGCCGGGUAGAAGCUCAGAAAGCGGAUGAGAUUCUGAGAGAGCUUAUCCUCGGAAAGUCAGAUCAGCCGUAG